CCGCCGCCGCCCGCCAUGGGGACGGAGGUGGCUCCCAUGGUGGACCUGGGGGCGCUGUCCCAGUCGGAUCUCGUGGCGCUCGCGGCCGCGUCGCCCUACGCCGUCGACCCGCGCCGCGGGCGCCGCGACGCCGACAUCCUCCCGCCCCCCAAGAUCGAUCGCGCCGUCUUCAACGAGAGCGCCGGCUCCCGCAAGCAGACCUUCUCCCGCCACCGCGUCGCCACCAAUCUCUCCCACAACGCUGCCCCCAGCACCUCCACCGCCGCCCCCACCGACGAGGACUCCGAGAACCGCCUCAUCGUGUUCCACCUCCAGCGCCUCUUCGCGCGCGACGACCCCUCCUACCCGCAACCGCCCCCGAUUCAACAAACCCUAACCGCACCACCGCUAGCCGUACCCGCAACCCCCGUGGCCGCCCUGCCGAUCCCGUCACUCCCGGACCCCGACCGGGAGCUGAUGAACCCCAAGGGGGUGGCGGUUGAUUUGGCGAGGCUCGCGGGGUUGGUGGAUCCGUACGGGGAGGAGAUGCAGAAGCAGACUGCGGGGUUGGUUCUCGAGUCUGCGCUGCUGGGGUUCAUGAAUGGGCUGGAGGGGCAGUGGGGGAGCCGCAGGCGGCGCAGGAAGUUUGUUGAUGCCGCCAUGUUUGCUGACCACCUGCCCCGUGGGUGGAAGCUAAUCCUCGGGAUCAAGCGCAAGGAGCGUGUUGCCUGGAUCAAUUGCCGCCGUUAUGUUAGCCCCAGAGGACAUCAGUUUGCUACUUGCAAAGAAGUUUCUUCUUAUUUGAUGUCACUUGUUGGAUAUGUUGAGGCAAAGCUAACUCCUGUUCAGAGCAACAACAUGGGAGUGUGUGACUUUAGUGCUGUUAAUUCUCUAGGUCUUCACCAGCAAGCCGAUUCAACUGAGGAUACACAAAGUGCAGUGCCAGCCACUUCUUUUGCAUUAUCCAUUCACAGUGGUGAUUCACAGGGACAGAGACAAAAACCUUAUAAAGAUGAAGUUCCAAUACAAGCAGACACGAAAGAGUGCAAAAAAUGCAAAUUGACUUUUCAGGACCAGAGUGCCUAUGUGCAGCAUCAGCUUUCCUUUCACCAAAGGAAAGCUAAAAGGCGCAGGGUUGAUAAAUCUGUUGAUUUGGGAGUUGGUAAAGAUGAAAAGCUUGAGACUCGGGAAUGUCAGAGGACCUCUGAAGAUAAACCUGGCUAUUUUGGCCAUGGUGUUGCUGAUGUUAAAAAUCAAGAUCAGACUGCAGCAGAACUGUUUGGCGGAACUUCUUCAGGAGAACUGGGUACCCAACCAUCCUUGGCUGCAGUGCCAUGUGGGUCGCAAGAGAUGACUGGCUUACCUGAACAGAACGAAAAACCUUCUUCCGGAGAGCCUGUCUCUGGGCAUCAGAAGGAUCCUGUCUGGGAGAUAAAUGGCUUACCUCAACAGGAAAAAGAAUCUUCUGCUAGUGAGCCUUGCACUGAACAUCAAAAGGAACUUUUUAACAAUUCUGGUGACCAUGGAAUCCGUGAUGGAGCAUGUCAUAUAGCUGAAGAGUCUCUUACUUCUUAUGUUGCAAGCGACCUUAGAACUUGCAUGUCUCCAGAAGUUCAUAAGCAUGACAGCUCAAAAGCAGUGGAAUUUCCAAGCGCAGAUUGCUCCAGAAGUUUCAACAGGUCUGAUGAUUUCUGUAGCAUAACUGAAGAGGUUGCACCUAAUAUAGAUGCUCCAGCUGAAAGCAAAUGCACAGAUCAUCAAAUGGAUUUUACUGAUAUUACAUUAUCAGAACGAGCUUCUGAGCAUUGUGAUUUGCUGGAUCCGAAAUUCAGUAGUUUUGCUGGUGAAACUGAAUUUAAUGACCAGGUGAAAAAUAGCCCAUUGUCUGCCAACUUGGAUGAGCCUGAUCUUAGUUCCAUCGGCAUGGAGGUAGAUGAGAGUAAGUUUCGGGGUGUUGUCAAUCCUACUAGCUCUGAAUACCAUAAAACUGUUGAGGACCAAAUAGAUCAGGGAGUUGCUGCCUCGAGAAACGAUGAGAUCAACAUUGAUGUCAGAAUAAGGGAUGUCAACCUCAAUUCAUGUUUAGAUACGGUAUCUUCUCCUGUUUCUGGUACAAACUGUGAAACAUCUAAUGCCCUUCAUGACCGCAAUCGAUCAUCCAUUAUCGCUCAAUGCUUUGGUGCUAGCCCUAAUGAUGACAAUGUUUGUCAGGAUGAAGGUUUUGUGAACCAGAACAAUGUUCCUAAAGCUGAAAAUUUUGUCAACCAUAACAAUGUUCCUAAAGCUGAAAUUUUUGUCAACCAUAACAAUGACAUGAUGUAUCAAUCUAAUCUAACCAUGAACCCUAUCUCUCCUGCUCAAAUUAGUGUGGAUUAUUUCAAUGCUUCCUGUUCAGUGACUCCUGAAAUCAAGAAUGAUGCCAGCAGACGUGAUAACGCAAAGGAACAAUUUGUGAACUCGGGGAACAUAUCAAGUAAUGAAGCAGGAUAUGAUGCUGAAGCUUACAACAAUGACAUCUUCACUGGUGCUAUUGGAGAAACUAGCUUUGCUCAGCUGACUAAUGCCAUGAAUAUGAAAGCUGAUUUCUCAAGCUGCUACUCACUAUCCGAUCUAAACACACUGACUGGUGGUACUCCAACUGAUGUAAUUGAUUUCAACGGUAUGAGGAGUUCUUUUGCAAGUGGCUCCACCCGUCGCAGUGAACCAAAUGAACUUGAUUUUGAUAUCAAGGGUUCCAUGCUUGAGGCUCUGGAAAGAUCUGACAGCGACCUGGAAAAUCAGUACAAUGGCGGUGAUCCUGCUUGUGACUCACUCCCUGCAGCAGGCACAAGUGGAAGUAUGGAUGAUUUUAUGUCCAUGCAUGCCAAUUUUGGAAGCCUGACCUCUUUGGUUCGUUCUGUCGAAGGUGGUCCAAUGAGCAGACUUAUUCAAGAUCAGUGCGAUUUGCAACUUGGAUUUGGUGCCCAGAAGCAGCAAAUGUAUCCUACUUUUGAGGAGCAUCUUCGGAUGGCCUCAGCUGGAGCGCCGCAGUUUGGGAACCUGGGAAGACAUAAUCCUGUACCUGUGCCCGAGCCAACACUGAUGCUAGGCUAUGAGCCAACAUUGAUGCUAGGUUAUGGACCACCGUUUGGGAACUGCCCUCCGGUCCAGUUAGGUUGGGACAUGUCAAAGAUGGUCGGCAUGCUCCAGUCCGUGUGUGUAUGGUGCAACACAAGGUUCCAGCAUUUUGGCACUGCUGAGCAGCAGGCUGAUUCUGUUGGCUUCAUUUGUCCCUCGUGCAAGGACAAGACAUCUGGUCAUCUUAGCAUACUCAACAAUGGUUCAUCACUUUAACAUUUAGUGUCCGUUGCUGUUUCUAUCAUGCUGGACUUUAACUAGGCUAGUCCAUGUAGUAAACUUCCAUGAGACACCUAAAAUUGGAGCUUUUAAAGUGCCAUGGGUCACUUAACUUACGAUGCAUAUUAUGUUAUGUUAUGUUGGUGCUCCCAAUGCAUAUUAUGUUAUGUUA